CUGUUUUUCGAAUCCAGAGCCCUAAAUGAGAGCAUUAAUGUGCUCUUCAAGAGUGGUCAUCGUGACUCAUCCGAGCUCUCCGAUCGUGAGCGUGGUAUCUUCGAUGCCCUUUUUGCGCGCUACAUUGCCUACGUUAAUCCCGCUUCCCGUCUGCCCGCUCGCCUCGACCUAGGCGAGUUCUAUGAACACGACGCCCUUCGAGGCUUGGCCAACGAUCCUGAACGUCCGUCAGCAGCCGAGCGCCAGGCCUGCCUCGACUGGCUUCAGCAGAAACGCGAUUUUCUUGCCACUCGUCCUCUCGUGGGCGGGUGGCCACGACGAGUGCGCCAUCGUACUGAGGACCGUUUGGUGCUUUCUGGUUUUGCUCGCUUUACUGACUUUCUAGCUCACGGGUUGGAUAUCCGUUUGGGUCAAGUAGUGCGUCGCGUGGAUUGGACGCGACUUGAUGAGGUGCGAGUGAAGACGGCGACUGGAGAGGUAUUUGUGGCACCAUUUUGUAUCGUUACGUUGCCAGUGGGAGUGCUGAAGGGUCUUCGUCAUGAAAGUGCUGUCACCUUUGUUCCUGCUCUACCACUGAGAAAACGCAAAGCGAUUGACAAUUUGGGAAUCCCGCAUUCGGGCUCCGCUACGCACAAUAAGGCAAGUCAUUGCGUAGACUUGUUGGUAAUUCUCAUCUUUCGCCCUGAGGACGUAUUCUGGGACCGAACCGCAGCCCAAAUAAGUAGCUCUGGUGGGCGAUUACAUGCCUUAAAUCUCGAUCUUUUCGGCCAUCGAGGUGCUCUGAUGUGUCACGUAUGGGGCGGUUCACCGAUGAUGCUGACUGGUCGAACAGAUGCGGAGGUGAUUGCGGAGGUGAUGCAUCUCCUCGCCGGCAUGUACCAGAAGACAUUAAACUCUCAUCCUCUGCCACUACCCAUCUUUACUCACGUUACGCGAUGGUCAGAGGACCCCUUCGCUCUGGGUGCUUACACUGCCGGGGAGCCGAGUUGCUGUGGCGAUGAGGAUAGGCAUGCAUAUGCUCAGAGCCUUCCGUCCCUUGUGUCAAGAAAUGACGGCGGUGAUGAUGCGGUUUUGGAGCCUGACUUCCAGGAACCAGGGUCUAGUCGUGGUUGGACAUUCUACGGAACCCGAAAUUUGUAG